UACUUACCUCGUCGUUUAGCUGUCCCUUUGAGGCCAUUAUCACCGAUUCGUUAAUGAAAAUAGGGUUUUAAUUUGUUGUGUUUUUUGUUUGUUAUUAAUAAUGCCACCUAAAAAGAAAGCAGCUAAUGGGUACAAAUUUGCAGAACCAUUACCGAAAGGCAUAAUCUUAGAAGACAUUGGCAAAAAGAAGUGGAGUUUGGGAGUAUCAAUUGGUAAAGGUGGAUUUGGGGAAAUAUAUAGUGCCCAAGAAGAAGGAGCUAAAGGAAAUAAGUACCCUUAUGUCGUGAAAAUUGAACCCCAUGAAAAUGGGCCUUUAUUUGUUGAAGUCAAUUUUUAUAUUAGAAAUGCCAAACUUGCUGAUAUUGAAAGUUUCAAGAGAGACAACGGUCUUAAAAUGCUUGGUAUGCCCGUAUAUUACGGAUCAGGAUCUCUCGAAUACAAAGGUGAAAAAUACAGGUUUCUAGUAAUGGAUAAGUUUGGAUCAGAUCUGCAUAAACUGUAUCUCGAAAAUGGCAAAGAAUUCCCCACAGACACAGUAUUUAAACUGGGCAUACAGAUAAUUGAUGUGUUAAAAUAUAUGCAUGAGAAGGGUUAUGUCCAUGCUGAUAUUAAAGCAGCAAAUUUGCUUAUGGGAUUAUCAAAAGAAACUCAAAACAAACAAGUAUAUUUAGUAGAUUUUGGUCUUGCUACAAAAUAUAACUUGGACAAGGAAUUUAAACCUAAUCCUAAAAAAGCCCAUGAUGGAACUAUAGAGUACUUAAGUAGAGAUGCCCAUCAAGGAGUCCAAACACGCAGAGGCGAUUUAGAAAUUCUAGCUUAUAAUAUGAUCCAUUGGUUGGGCUGUAAACUCCCUUGGGAAGAUAACUUAAAGGAUCCCAAAAAGGUACAAAAUAGUAAGGAGGAAAGCAUGUCAACAGUCGAUAAAAUGGUGAAAUCGUGUUUUGGAUCAAAAUCUGCUCCGAAAGGAAUCGUGAAUUUCCUGAAAUAUUUAAAAACCCUAAAAUUCGACACAGAGCCUGAUUAUGAAAAAAUUCAAAAAAUAUUCACAGAAGGUAUUAAAGAAGCUAGCGGUACUCUGACAUCACCUCUACAGUUUUCAGUAAAGAAAACUCCUUUAAGGAAGGUGAAGACGCCAGUUCCUAACAGCAGGAGUAAUAAAACUAAAGAAAAAGUGACAAAACAUACAGAGGAAAGCACUCCGAAAGCUGCUAAAACAGGAAAACCCAAGGAUUUAGUUACAGUGAUUCAGGAUGACAGUGAUAAUGAAGAGGGUGACUAUCAAAGUGAUAGUGAUGCCACAGUUGUUCCAAAGCCAAAAACAAAGCUGAAAAAGGAGAACUUCAAAACAAAGAAUAUGAGAGCUAAAAAGAUUGAAGUAAAUAACAGCGAUCACGAAUCUGACAGCGAACAAGAGGAGCCUCCGCCUAAAAAGCUGAGGCAAGGGAAAAAGGAUGACAUUCCAGAAAAGAAAAGGAACCUUCGGGCUAGAAAAAUCGAGGUUAAUGACAGCGAUCGUGAUUCUGACAGCGAACAAGAGCCUCCAGUCAAAAAGCCUGUCGUUGCUAAGAAAACUACUACUAAAUCAAAGAAGGCAAAGAAAAAUGAUACAGAAAUGAUUCACAGUGAUUCAGAAAAUGUAACGGUAAGGAAGAAAGUAAACACUAAUAGAAAUCAAGCAACGAAUUUAAAAAAAGGGCAAGCAAUGUCGCUGAAUGAUAUUAACAGUGCUGUAGGGUUAACGGAUGCGAUGAAGGAAGUCAUGCGUAAACGGCUCAAUAAAGCACCAAAGAAGAAAGGUAAAAAUAAUGAUGAUCUCAAUGGCAAAGCUAUUACAGAAGCAGAUGAAUUGUUGGGCUAUAAUGAUGAAAUGAGAGAAAUAGCAUCAAAAAAGAAAACCAACCAAGCAGCGUCUACUUCAAGGUCUAAAAGAAAAAUUAUUAAAUCACCAAUAGCAAAUGGCGUUAUAAUAGAGGGUUCAGAUUCAGAAUGAAAUAUGCAUUUUAGUGUAUUAUUUAUUU